AUUUCAUUUAGUUCGCUUGUGUUCCGAUGAUCUUUGUUGGUUGAAUAUAGUGCAUUUCAGUGGAAUUUUUGUGGCAGUGAGGGAUGGAAAGUGUACUCUAGUCAAGAUGAAUCCUGAUGAAGAAGAGAUGUGAAAAUUGCUCCAUGAACCCGUACGAUUGUGCUCAGUGAAAUGCUCAAAAUGCAAAGUAUAAAAAAUGGAAUCAGAAACGAAUUGUGAUAUAAAUUCAGAUUACCCGUCCAAAAUGAGUGUAGAGAUAUCGAACAGAGAUUUAAUAACUAUAGAUAAGAAUUUAUUUUACGAUUUAGAAGGCGAUUGCCACAAUAACGAUGGGGUUCGCAUGUCCGAAGAAAGGACGCUGGAAACCCUACAAAAUAUGCCUAUUUUAGAUGCUCAAAAUAUAGAAUACCUGCCGCCUGACGUUCAAAAUUGCGUGGAGAUCAACAGCAGUGAUGUCAUGACUAUACCGGAGAAUCAGAUAUUGCAAAUUCACUAUCAAACGGAGAACGGGAUAGUGAAUGCGGAGUAUAUAGUGGACGAUCAAGUUUUGCAGAUGCAAAUGAGACCUGACAACUCGAAUUUCAUCGAAAUGAACCAGGAGAAUAUUUUCAGUGGCCCUAGUUUCCCCACGGAAGUGAUGUUCGAAGAACACGUCGUGGAUGGAAAAACAGUACCAUCCGAAUUCGAGGUGGAACAUUCAGAAAUACAGGUGAACAACACCGACCACGUCAACACGGUCAUGCUGAGUCCUAAGAGCGAGAACGAUGACCCACCUGAAACAGAUCUCACAAGUCUGAACUGGCUCCACAACAUCACGAACAUUAUGUCGGUUCCUAACCUACCCACACCCCCUGUAUCCCCCAAACCAAAGAAAAAGAACAAUUCUAGUCAAGAAGAUUUAACUAUUAAUAUAAAUUAUUAUAAGAAGAAUGGAGAUAAGAAACCUCCUUUCAGUUACGCUACGCUUAUAUGUAUGGCAAUGGGAAAGAAUGGGAACAAGAUGACGCUGUCGGCAAUAUAUCAGUGGAUAAGAGAAAAUUUUUUGUACUAUAGGAAAGCACACCCUAGUUGGCAGAACUCAAUAAGGCACAACCUCUCGCUGAACAAGUGUUUCAUGAAAGUAGCCAGAUCGAAGGACGAGCCGGGCAAAGGGGGCUUCUGGAAGCUGGACCUGGAGCGCCUCGAGGAGUCCAGAAGGGCCAAACGCAGAUCGAGUCUGACCGUGCGCGCGCCGCGGAACAGGCACCAAAACGCGCCUAAACCGGUGAAUAAGACGAAGAGAUAUCGGCCGUACCAGAGCACGGGCGAGAGGAAACACAACAUCCUGUCCAACAUUUCGAUAUGCGGAGAGACGGACGUGGAAAAUUCGGAGGAGGAAUGUCCAGUGAAAACGAAGAAGGUGGAGGAUAAACCGUCGACGCUCAAGUGCGAACAGAGCACAAGAGGAUUCGUACCUGCUUCUAUGCCGAACGAGAGCGUCAUCGCCGAACCUGUGCAUCAGCCUGCUCCAGAGGACGUACUAUCUGGACUCCUGAUGAACAUCAACGGUUGGGAGGAGUGCCAGCUGGAACUGCUGGAUUCACUGUUAGAUUCUUUGUAAAUAUUUGUAAAAGUCCGGUGAGUUUUCUGUGUCUACGGUCGAAGUCGAAAAAUUCACUUCAAGGGCUACAAAAAAGCAAUGAAAUUCAACUUGUUGUGUGUUGUCAA